GAGGAUCAGACACACACACACACAGCGGGGUGGGGGAGAGACAGAUUUAGCUUUGCGGGAGGAAGGGAUGUGAGCGUGCGUGGUGUGUGUCCCUCCCACCCUUUGCGCGGAUGAAACUCGCGCGUUCCUGCUAGCGAUCGGGGCCAGGAGGAGGAAGAGGAACCUUCCCUCAGGGCUGGGACUCCACUUCCUGGAGAAGCCCUCCUCCCCGUGCGGAGUUUCGGCGGGGAUCCCGGCUUCACCUGGAGAGAGCAGCAGCAGCAGGAGGAGGAGGAGGAGCCACAGCAGCACCUGUCCAAAAUGAAGGACCGGCUGGAGCAACUGAAGUCUAAACAGGACCAGGAUGAUGCCGAUGAGGACCUGGAAAUCGCUAUUGACAACACAGCUUUCAUGGAUGAAUUCUUUGCAGAGAUUGAAGAAACCCGGCAGAAUAUUGACAAAAUUUCCGAAAAUGUAGACGAGGCAAAAAAGCUGUAUAGUAUCAUCCUUUCAGCCCCAAUCCCUGAACCAAAGACUAAGGACGACCUGGAGCAGCUCACAGCAGAUAUCAAGAAAAUGGCUAACAGUGUCCGAAACAAACUUAAGAGUAUGGAGAGGAAUAUUGAACAGGAUGAGGCUCGAUCAUCAGCUGACCUGCGGAUACGGAAGUCCCAGCAUUCAGUCCUUUCCCGAAAAUUUGUCGAUGUGAUGACGAAGUACAACGAAGCACAGGUCGACUUCCGGGAACGGAGCAAAGGCAGGAUUCAGCGACAGCUUGAGAUCACCGGGAAGAAUACAACAGAUGAGGAGCUGGAGGAAAUGUUAGAGAGCGGGAAUCCAUCAAUAUUCACAUCUGGGAUAAUGGAUUCCCAGAUCUCAAAGCAAGCAUUGAGUGAGAUUGAGGGACGGCAUAAGGACAUUUUGCGGCUUGAAAGCAGCAUCAAGGAGCUUCACGACAUGUUUGUGGACAUUGCCAUGCUAGUGGAAAAUCAGGGAGAAAUUGUAGAUAACAUAGAACUCAACCUGAUGCACACCUUAGAUCACGUAGAGAAAGCUCGCGAGGAGACCAAAAAGGCCCUGAAAUAUAAGAGUAAGGCACGCAAGACACUCCCAAGCUCUUCCUGGUUUGAUAGAAAGACUCCCCCUCCUGAUCCUCACCACCAUGAUGUGACCUCUCCCUGCCUACCCUCCUGCCUUUGGCCUCUUGGAUUUAGUAUGAAUGGCUUCCUGCAGGAUGAGUUCAUUUGCACCAGAGCUUCCUGUGAGAGCUACAUACUGUUCCAGUUCCCUCCUCGGAUAAAGCUCUGCAGCCAGAAGAGUCUGACGUACCUUGCUGAAUCCAGGAUGUACAGCAAUCCCAUGGCACCCCAGAGAGAACCUCCCAACGUAUCUACUCCUUACCCUUCCUUCCCACACCUGCUGCCUCCAGAUCAAGCAUUUCCUAUGUUUAAUCCCACUUCCUCCAAGAAUAUUCUCUAGUACGGUGGAAUGAACCUUGAAUGGAAUUUUGGACACACCUUUGCCUACCUCAGUGCCUUUAUUCUUUUCAGCUGUGCCUUUUUCUUUUCUUUUAACAAUGGAGAUGUCUUUACUAGAGAUGUCAGACAUUACAUUGCUAGUCAAAAUUGCCCAGGUUAAGGGCCAGGACUUGAACUGGAUCUGCUACGUAACUGCUGACCACCAUCCCAUUGUAUACUGAGGCUAGCAUUCUGCUUUUU